GCCUAAACCUACUGUACACGCCACAUUAUGACAAGUUCCAUAUGAAGAAUAACAGUCUAUUUUCUCCCGUGUGCGUCAGGUGUGUUUUCUCCCGUGUGCGUCAGGUGUGUCAGAGAACGCCUUCGUCCUCUUGCACCGUUCCUGCCGGUAACACCCACAAGUCAAACUGAUCCCGAAGCACCGCGACGAUUCCAGUUACCUUCUCAACUUGAGCGCGCGCGCUGUCACCGUAAACGAAAAGCCUGAAAGAGGUUCGAACAAACUUGAGCUGCUGAACUGAGCUGCGUGACGGAGGGUCAGAGGUCAGAGGUUGAGACAACAGAGAGGCUCGAAACGUAGAGGCUUGUACUGGGUUGUUGCGUGCCCAACGUGGAGCUGCAGGACAUACUGAGAGAGAGAGAGACGCUCUGAGUUACCGACUUACAGGACUUCUCCUACAGGGGUCACCCACCACAACAUGCAGGGGACGAGUGAACACGAACACCAAGACAAUAACAUGGAAGCCACUGCCGUUAAAGAGACAAGCAGAGUAUCCAGCCAUAGCAACCCUAGCAACCCUAGCAACCAUAGCGCGACUGCAGAGCAAGGCCGAGAUUCAGUCAACAGUAACGGCCACACCAGAGGGACGUUGUACCCCACUGAGGUUCCGUCUCUACGGGGUCUCAGGAAGACCCAGAGCAGCACAUUGGAGGAGGAAGAGAAGGUCUGGAGGACCAAUAAGAGCACGGUGCUGUCCAGAGGAUCUAAUCUAACCCGCUCUGGGAGCGUCAAGGACCUGAUCCACAAGUUCUCAGGCUCAGAGAACGGCGAACCCUCGUCAGUCAAGGAAAACGGCUCACCAGUUCUGUCAAUGGGCGGAUCCCUGCCUGAAGACUCUAACCGGACAAUCAGGAUGUCCACAGCCAGAACUGCGGAGGUACUGGCCUAUCAGAACUCCCAGUCCAACCCAAACACAGCCACUCUCAGUAGUUCCACAGUACAGACCCAGAGCCCAGUCAGGAUGUCCACAGCCAAGUCCACCUCCCAGUCCAACCCAGCCAUUCACAGCAGCAGCACCGCAGACAGCCAGAACCCGGUACCUUCUAUCAAACUAACCCCUCCACCCAUGGAGUCUCAGCCCGGCCUUAAGGGGGCGAAGACGGGCUCGCCGCAGCCCAGCAGUCCUUCAGACAGUCAUUCCCAGAAGGGUCAGGGUCAGAGCCAGGGUGGCUCUCACAGAGAUUCCACGGCAGGCUCCGGAUUGGGUUCGGAAUCAGACUUUAAUCCCAACAAGAGGCCUGAAAGUCCCCCAUCUGAAGACGAGCCAUCCAAUCCCGUCAACGUCCACCAGAACCCCAAAUACCAACUGUACCUGAGUGGAGACGUGACGGGGAACGGUUCCAGGGAUACAAAUGGAACGUUUGGGGGAGAAAACGGGAACGGGAUGGAACCCAGGAACAGUUCCCGUUGGGACAGCGCUAGCUCCAGAUUCGGGCCAAACUCUCACGGGUCCCUGGAAUCUCUGGCCUCUCGGGACUGGGACACCAUGUCGGACAGGCUGGGAGGUUUUGAGAGUCCUCCCAGGGUGUUCAACAGCCCCUACGCUACAGCGGCUUCCACGGAGUACAACUCUGGCAUGUACCGGAUGACAGAUUAUAAGGAUGUGAUGUCUCCAGCCACAUCAGAGCUGAACCUGUUCAACAGCUACCACAGCAGGAGUACCAGCCCUGUGCCUUCCUUCACCCGGACUGUGACCGCCCCACGUGCACCCUUCUCAACCUACGACACCAUCAGGAGGCGGGACCAGCAGGUGAUGUCAAGCCAACACCCCAUGCGGUCCGCUGUGUCGUCUGUCGCUAUGCCCAACAAGAGAGACUACAUCGAGGAGUUGACCAGGCAGUUGGAUGCAUGUCAGAAGAGGAACCAGUUCCUGGAGGCAGAGAGCGUAGAGAUGGACAAGGAGAGGAACCAGAUCAGGUUGGAGAUGAGAGGCCUGUUGGUGAACAACGAGGACCUUCUCAGAACCAACAGUACCCUGCAGAUGGAGAUGAGUAGGAUGAGGAUGAGGAUGGUAGAGCUGGAGAGAGACAACAUGGCCAUGACGGACCGCUUCAUAGUUAUGGAGACGGAGCUGACCGAGGCCAGAGAGAUGAUGGUGGAGGCCAACACUCAGGAAUAUGCCUUCAACUUCCUGCAGCAGUCUCUGAAGAAUAAGAUACAGGACGCUGAGGAGGCGCUGGAGAAGCAGACGCUCCAUGCCGAGGGUCUGUCCGAGAAGCUGUGGCUGUCUGAGAGACAGUUGGAGGAGCUAGCGGUGGACAAGGAGACACGGGACAAGAGGACAUCAGGGCUCAGUGACACUGUCUUCAGACUGGAGACUGAGCUAGCGGAGGUCCAACAGAGAGCUACCCAAGCCUUAGCAGAGCUCAGUCUGCACCAGAAGCUACGAGAUGGUGACCAGCUGAGGGUAAAGGAGCUGGAAGAGACUAUACUGGAGAAGAGUCAGGAGCUGCAGAGAGCCCAGCAGACUGUCAGAAGCCUCCAGGGACAGGUGUCAGGUAAACUAAUAGAUAAGGAGCGUUCCCUGGAGGAGGAGAUCCAGCUGAGAGAGAGAAUCCAGCUGCAGUUGAAGCAGGCAGAGAGGAGCGUAGAGGACCUGAAGAUAGAGCUACAGACUGCUGCACAGACCAAGGAGGACCUGGACAAGCAACUCAAACAGGCUCAGGAGAAAGCGAUAGAUCUUGAGAGCGACCUGGAGGAGAUGCAGGACAGUGAACAGAGUUGGGCCAGGAAGCACAAGAGAGCCAUGGAGCAGACAGAACAGCUCCAGCUGAAGUUGAUUCAGGAGAAAUAUGUGAAUGAGCAGCUGGACAGUGAGAAGAUCAACCUGAUGAGACAGCUGCGUGACCUGCGUGUGGAGAUGGAGGAACUUCACAACUCCAGAGUCCAGGUGGAUGUGAUCACUAUGACAGAGAUCCGGGCCAAGGAGCUGGAGAACGCUCUCAGAGUGGAGGAGAGGAACAAGGUGGUGAUGAACAACACCAUCAGUAAACUGGAGAGGAAGAACAACGAACUGUCUGGUCAGCUGGAGGAGGAACAGAAGAUCGCUACAGAGCAGAAGGAACUGAUGACCCAGAGGAUGCGUUACCUGAAGCGUCAGCUGAACGAGGCAGAGGAGGAGUCUAGUCGUAGAGACGCUCAGUACCGACACACCCAGAGAGAACUGACAGAGGAGAGAGAGACCUCCACCAGACUACAGAGACAGCUCCUGGACCAGCACCUUCAACUCAAGCGUAAGGAGUCCACCAUGCAAAUGAGACAGACUCUGGAGAACCUGCGUCUGGAUCUCAGUGUAGAUGAAGAGGACCAGGCUGACCCGGUACCAACAUCCUCCAAGGCCUGAAGAAAGACAACAUACUAGCCUUUUUCAAUACACCUUUAUUGAUAAAGGUUAGAGUGAUACCCCUAAUACCACCACUAAUAGACUUGACAAGAAACAACACAUUCUACACUGGCACCAAUACUGUCAUUUAUCGUAGAAUACAGUGCCCACAAGUUAAGUGUUCAAACCUUAUUUAGCCUCUUUCUCUGUACUAUUGAAAUGUAAAGCAUUUUGUCUUUAGUUUUUGUUUUCCAAAAGCGGUUAUGGUUAUUAACUAAAGGUCCAAUGCAGCUGUUAUUAUCUCAAUAUUAACUCAUUUCUGGGUAACAAUUAUCUUACUGUGAUUGUUUUCAAUCAAAA